CCAUCAUCCUGAUACACUCACGUUCAGUGUCCUGCUUCUAUUUAUUUAACCACCUGUUCGGACCUGAAAUCAAAUCUACUCCCCGAUAAGCAAGGGAAAACAACCACAGCAUACAUACAUCCCCACGUCAUCCUCCACAUCAACCGUCACCAUGGGUAAAGGCGGUCGCAUUGUCUGCAUCUUCACUCCAUAUGUCCUCACCAUCGCUUCCUUAAUAUGUAUCAUCAUGGUGGGCCUGGGCUGCACAAAAUCCAGCUCCAGCACGCUAAAUGAUCUCUACUUCUUCAGAGUACGUCUUGCUUACCUUUCAUGCAUCCCCACUCAAAUGUCCGAUCGUACUGACUCCGCUCCAGGCCAACCUCAAGAACAUCACCUCCGAAGCCUCUUCCACCGCAUCAACAGUAUCCUCCGUCGUGAGUGACCUGACCGGUGUUUCGGAUGGCGAUCUCUCCGCUGCGCUCGAGGAAAUCGAGGAACAAUACAACAUCGAGGACUUCUACGCCAUUGGUCUAUGGGGCUACUGUGAAGGAAACAUCACCUCCAACAACAGCUAUCAAACCAGCAACUGCUCCAAGCCCGAGGCCGAGUUCUGGUUCAACCCUAUGGAGGUCUGGAACCUGGAAGAGACCGGCCUGGAGAAUGCCCUUCCCAGCAACGUCAAGAGCGCCCUGAACACCUACAAGGCCGUUUCCAAGUGGAUGUUCAUCGCCUACGUCAUCGCCUUCGCUCUCACCAUCGUCGAGCUGGUCGUCGGUGUCUUUGCGAUCUGCAGUCGCUGGGGUAGCUGCGUGACCAGCUUGGUGUCUGCUGUUGCUUUCCUCUUCACCGCUGCCGCUUCCGUCACUUCCACCGCCAUGUUCGCCGUCCUCAAGGGUGUCUUCAAGUCCGAUCUCGAGCAAUACGGCAUCAAGGGUCAAAUGGGCAAGAACAUCUACGUCGCCACCUGGCUCGCGGUCGCCUUCUCUCUCGGAGCCACUCUCUUCUGGAUCAUCAGCUCCUGCUGCUGCUCCGGUCGCUCCCCUUACAACCACCGCAACCGCAACCGCGCUGUCAUGGCCGAAAAGACUCCCUACACCUACGAGGCUCUGGGCCCUCACGGCCAGAUCCAGCCGACCCCUUACACCAACACCUCUUACCCUCCCCCGCCUCCGAUCCACAACAACCAGACCACGGGUCGCACGAACGCCUAUGAACCCUUCCGUCAUGCUUAGAUGAUGGUCUACCACCAACAUCAAUCACAAAAAACACUUCCUGAAUAAGAAAGGAAGGGAUCCAUUCAACAUUUGUUCAUACUGGCGUUCUGGUUUGGGUUGGUUCGGUCAUGACAACAACAACCUGAUGAUGACAUUUUUUAUAUUGUACUUGUGUAUUUUGUUUCCAGCCAAGAAAAGGCAGGAAAGCUCGUGUGCAUACCCGUGAUACCCCGAGUAUGGAGGGUUUGGAAUUUGGAUUAUAGAGCUCUUGGUCCG